GUCCCGGCGGCCAUUGCUCCAAGAUGGCGGCGACGGCGGCGGCGGGAGCGCAGCUUAGCUGGGCUGGAACUGCCCUCCUGGAACUCCCCAAGCCUGCAACCUAGGAGAUGCAAGGACUGAGGCUCAGGCCAAAUCACAACUCAGACCCAGUGAACCCAAGGCCUGAAGAGAAUUUGGAUUCAUUUACAUUGUUCUGUGGGGACUGGAGAGACAAACUCUUAGCUUAACUGUCCUCUCCGGCUCUGACUACCAUUUCUAAGGCAAGCCCCCUGUUUCUAAUCUUGCGCCCCCUGCUGGUGUCCUGCCCUGUGUGAUGCCCCGGAGGCCCAGCUAGCCCCAGCCUUCGGCCCCAUGCGGCUCACCCGCUGCCAGGCUGCCCUGGCGGCCGCCAUCACCCUCAACCUUCUGGUCCUCUUCUAUGUCUCGUGGCUGCAGCACCAGCCUAGGAAUUCCCGGGCCCGGGGACCCCGCCGUGCCUCCGCUGCCGGCCUCCGUGUCACUGUCCUGGUGAGGGAGUUCGAGGCAUUUGACAACGCGGUGCCCGAGCUGGUAAACUCCUUCCUGCAGCAAGACCCGGCCCAGCCCGUGGUGGUGGCAGCCGACACGCUCCCCUACCCGCCCCUGGCCCUGCCCCGCAUCCCCAACGUUCGUCUGGCGCUGCUCCAGCCCGCCCUGGACCGGCCAGCCGCAGCCUCGCGCCCGGAGACCUACGUGGCCACCGAGUUCGUGGCCCUGGUACCUGAUGGGGCGCGGGCUGAGGCACCUGGCCAGCUAGAGCGCAUGGUGGAGGCGCUCCGCGCGGGAAGCGCACGUCUGGUGGCCGCCCCGGUUGCCACGGCCAACCCUGCCAGGUGCCUGGCCCUGAACGUCAGCCUGCGAGAGUGGACCGCCCGCUAUGGCGCAGCCCCCGCCGCGCCCCGCUGCGACGCCCUGGACGGAGAUGCUGUGGUGCUCCUGCGGGCCCGCGACCUCUUCAACCUCUCGGCGCCCCUGGCCCGGCCGGUGGGCACCAGCCUCUUUCUGCAGACCGCCCUUCGCGGCUGGGCGGUGCAGCUGCUGGACUUGACCUUUGCCGCGGCGCGCCAGCCCCCACUGGCCACGGCCCACGCGCGCUGGAAGGCGGAGCGCGAGGGACGCGCUCGGCGGGCGGCGCUGCUCCGCGCGCUGGGCAUCCGCCUAGUGAGCUGGGAGGGCGGGCGGCUGGAGUGGUUCGGCUGCAACAAGGAGACCACGCGCUGCUUCGGAACGGUGGUGGGCGACACGCCCGCCUACCUCUACGAGGAGCGCUGGACGCCCCCCUGCUGCCUGCGCGCGCUGCGCGAGACCGCCCGCUAUGUGGUGGGCGUGCUGGAGGCUGCGGGCGUGCGCUACUGGCUCGAGGGCGGCUCACUGCUGGGGGCCGCCCGCCACGGGGACAUCAUCCCAUGGGACUACGACGUGGACCUGGGCAUCUACUUGGAGGACGUGGGCAACUGCGAGCAGCUGCGGGGGGCAGAGGCCGGCUCGGUAGUGGAUGAGCGCGGCUUCGUAUGGGAGAAGGCGGUCGAGGGCGACUUUUUCCGCGUGCAGUACAGCGAAAGCAACCACCUGCACGUGGACCUGUGGCCCUUCUACCCCCGCAAUGGCGUCAUGACCAAGGACACGUGGCUGGACCACCGGCAGGAUGUGGAGUUCCCCGAGCACUUCCUGCAGCCGCUGGUGCCCCUGCCCUUUGCCGGCUUCGUGGCGCAGGCGCCUAACAACUACCGCCGCUUCCUGGAGCUCAAGUUCGGGCCCGGGGUCAUCGAGAACCCCCAGUACCCCAACCCGGCACUGCUGAGUCUGACGGGAAGCGGCUGAAGCCCUGAUAACCUCGCCUUUGUUUUUCGGGGGUCUGUCUGGAUGUGGAGAAGCUCUGUGUGAGUGGUGAGGGGUGGAGGGAUGUCGCGGAGAGGGGAAGGGGGAAACUGACCAAGAAAGAAAUUCGAGGGAGAGCAUGAGAGAAGGCUGACAUUGGCAGGAGGAGAGCACCAGGACGAGGAUGGGAAGCGACCUCCAGAUUUAUCAAAUAGUCAUGCCCACUGGGAGCCGUAGAUAUGCGUGGGGAAAUCCUGGGUCAUCCCAGUCAUGGAGGGAGACAGGGAUGUCACGCCGUCCCGCAGGGCCCAGCACGGCCCCAGACCCGAAAAAAGUGUCCUGCCCAAGAUUCCGAGAGCCCUGCGCUCUAGGGCAGGGGCAGAGUUUUGGAAACAGUGCAGGCUCUGGAGCCAGACUGGGAAGAUUCAAAUCCUGGCUCUAUCGCUUCGGAGCCCGGUGGGCCUGGGGGGGCGUCGCCGUUUCUCUGUGCCUCAGUUGCUUCCAGGAUGCGGGACCCUUGGCUGCAGGGGUUGCUUCCGCCACUAGAGGGCGCGCCGGUCCCGCUCCUGGUGGCCCACUGUGGCUGCCGGGGCGACUGUACGCCCAGGGCCUCUGUUCCAUAGCCAUCUUCUACUCUCUUGAGCCUUUGGACUUCUCUCCAAGCCCCUGUGGGAGGCGGACAGCAGUGACCACCGCCCCUUCUUUCCGACUGCGACCUCCUUCCCUCCUGGGAGAGCCCUGUGACCUGCAUGCUACUCUUAACUAUUCUAUUCAAGUCUUGCAGAGGAGGAAAUGCUCAGAGCUCCGAGGUGCGGCUGUGGUCGAGAACCGGGUGCUGGGCCGGGCGCGGGGGCUCACGCCUGUAAUCCCAGCACUUUGGGAGGCCGAGGUGGGAGGAUCGCUUGAGCCCAGGAGUUCAAGACCAGCCUCGGCAACAUGCGAAGACCCCGUCUCUAUUUUUAAAAAAGAAAAAGAAGCGACUUCUGAAUCUCAGCUCCACUCAUGAUUAUUACCUCAUUAUUUCAGCUGUCUGCACCUAUUUCCCCACUUGCACGGCAGGGUAGACAAUGGUUUAACCAUAGCUCACACUGAGCACCUACUGGGUACCAGGCACCAUUCUCAGUGCUUCACUUGGAUCAGCUAAUGCGUCCCUCACCUGAGCCCUCUGAAGUGACAGCUGCUAUUAUUUUCAUUAUACAGAUGAAGAAGCUGAGGCCAGAAUCGUGAAGUCACUUGCUCAAGGUCAGGCAGCUUAGGAAGGGGCAGAUCCGGGGCUUGAACCCAGGUGCUCAGGCUCUGGAGCCCACAAUUGUCUUACCCACUAUGCCCCUCUCUAGUCAUGGUGCCCAAGAGGGGCUUGGAGACCCACUUAGCAGGUGAAAGCAAUGGCAGCCUUCCUUAUUUGAUUAUGCACCUAAGAAUAAAUGGUAUUUGGGCAUGUAUUCCCAAUAUGUGUAUAUUUAUUUAUAAAUACAUACAGAUACUACUAUCUGUAUGUUAGUAAUAAAGCUUAAAUUAUUCCAUUUUAAAAUUAU